AUGUCCAAAUACACAGCACAGGAUCUACGUGCGGCACCAGGUAAAGAUGAGAAGAUGGAAGACUUGGGCCUAGUUUUGGUUCCGACAGAAAUGAAGAAUGCUUCGAAUGUCAGUUCUCGUGUGAAAGCUUUCUUGCUAGCGGAGCUUGGGGAGCUACAUGCAUUACGGGAGAGGUUGGUUGCGGAGAAAGAUGGAGAGAUUAGGGCAGUGGAGAUGAUAUGA